UUGUUUUUGCCCCUCGAGGGAAGUCACAUUGGGAUGAGCUCUGCUGGAGACGAAGAGCGCACUGCCGCGAGCGGAGAACAGAUCCGCCCGCCGGUGCAGGAGGGCCGCGGUGCGAAGCUUGCAAGUUUGCAACUGCAGAUUUCGCAAUUGGUGGCCCUGGUGGAGGAUUCGGUGAAGAAGAAGGAGCCUGGCAGCGUCGUGGCGGAUGCAGCGAGCAGGGGCGGCUGGGUUGCUGCCCCCGAAAGCCAUGAGCCAACGCUGCCGCUCGGCGGUGGCGGGGGAUUUCUCCAGCAGCAAGCGAGAGAUAGUGGGCAAGGACCACGGCAGCUGCUGGAAGGCGGCUGGGCCAGCAGAUCGGGAGCGAAUCCUGCGAGACCAGCCGAAAAGGGCCCGGGCAUAGGACCGGACUACGGGGAAGCGAGGGGGUCAAACCCCCCAGUUGAGAUACCCGUGAUUCGAGGAAAGGGGCACACGAGAGUAGAAUUCCAACGAGGGCUUCAGGCGUUCCAUUUUAUCACUACUGCUGUGGUAAAAGAAGCUAACAAAGCAAUCAUCAGUAACUUUACGUCAGCGAAAGAGGUCCUCGCGGAAUUGGACAAGAUCUUCGAUCCGGAGUCACAGGGGUCAAAACAGGCCUUGAUGCGGAAGAUGUUCGACUUUGCAAUCCCCACACACAGCAACAGCAACCCCAUCGAGCACCUCUACUCUCUCGAGCUGCUGUACGCCCGCCUGCGCGAAAAGGGGCUCAAUGCUGAACAACCCUCCGUUCUCGCCCACUUCGUUGGUUCCCUCUCACCCGAGUACCAACAAGCGAAGUUCCUGUUGGAGACAGCAACGGCGCUGCAUAGGGCCGAGAUCGUCAGGAUCGUGAGCAAGGUGCACGCGAGCCUCCCGGAGGGGAGGAAGGGUCGCGGCGGCGGCGGCGGCGGCGGCAACCAGAAGGGGAGAGGGGGUGGCGCGAAGGCUGGUGACGGCAGCGGAGGCGGCGACGACGACGCGGGUAGCAUGCGCGGUCGCUGUUUUCGGUGCGGCAAGGAGGGCCACCAGGUGGCCAACUGCACCGAGAGCAAGCCCGUGCGAUGUGAGACAUGCAAGGGCUACGGGCACGACAAGAGCAAGUGCCCGACCGAGAAGGCGGUGCUCGUGGUGGAAGUGCCGGCGGGGGAGGCGUCAGCGGACGCCACAGCACUGGACGUGGCAGAAGAGGCGCUGGUGGUCGGUGGCAUCUCAGGCGAGUGUCACAAAGUCGUUGGUCGAGGGGGUGUAGAGCAGGCUAAGCGGGGUAGGUAUGUUGCCGAUACCGGCGCUACCACCCAUAUGUUCGCGAACUCAGAUAGGUUCGUUCGUUACGAAGAGUGUGAUCGACGUGUGUGCGUCGCCGCCGGAGAAACCUUCCCUAUCGUAGGGUAUGGCGACGUGACGGUAACCCUUAGCUCGCGCGACGGUACAACCGACCUGCUGCUGAAACGGGUUGCACACGUUCCCCGACCAUACUACAACCUACUGUCUCUCAUUUCCCUCUUCGAAGACGGGUUCGAAACCAAAACCCUCAAUAAACACGAGUUGGAGGUGGAGAGAGGGCGGGGGGGAGUUGGUGUACUUCCCCCGAUGCGGUAACCUGUGCGUCCAAACGGUUUCCGCACACACACCGAACACGCCUGUGCCGCAAUUGCUCCUGGCAACGCG